AUGGAGUCAGAGCAGAUGCUGGAGGGACAGACACAGGUUGCAGAAAACCCUCAUUCUGAGUACGGGCUCACCGACAGCAUUGAGAGAAUAGUUGAGAAUGAGAAGAUUAACGCAGAGAAGUCAUCUAUACAGAAGGUGGAUCUGCAGUCCUUGCCCACCCGUGCCUACCUGGACCAGCCGGUCGUGCCUAUUCUAUUACAGGACCUUGCUGUGCUCGCAAAGGAAAGACCACCAAAUCCCAUUGAGUUUCUAGCAUCUUAUCUUUUAAAAAAUAAGGCACAAUUUGAAGAUUGAAAUUGAUUUCUUGGGAAGAAAAGAAAC